GCUUCUUCAAAGGACGCCAUAGCAACUCGUGUUAAAGCAUGCACACAACGAGUUGCCUUUUCGCACCGCUGUGUUUGCAUUGUCAUUGCACACAGGACUUUGGAAAGUUUAUGGGACUAUGUAAGUGCCGUGUGCAAAUAAAGAACUCGCCGUCUCUCUCUUCCCCAUAGCGGCCUGUGUUAUUCGCGAAGGUUUGAAGUAUUUGCACACCACCCUCUAGCUUUACACUCAUUUUGACACAGAACUUUGGACAAACCAGAGACAAGGAGGAACCAUGGCGGUGUUAACGCGUUAUAGUGUUGUGGGCAUAGCACUACUUUUACUUUUCCUCCAAUCUUGCUCGGUUUCGGCGGGACAGGAUUUGUUCAGACCCAGACGAGAAGCAGACGACCACGAUCACGACCACCAUUCAGAUGAGGAACACUUUGUAGCUGUCGGAAAUUAUCUCUUAGAUCAGGAGUUAUCCGCACAGAGAACAUCCGGUGAUUUUGAGGAAAAUCAUGACCAAAACAUUACUUCAACACAAGUCGACAUUUUGGUUUUGACGCUCUUUACAAGGGUUGGAUGUGAAAGUCUUGUCGAUAACUGCUCCAAGUGCGCCGAUGAUUUUCAGAAUGAUUUAUUCAGCGCCCUCAGCGUUGACCCGACAAACGGCUUCAGUGAGGAUGUCUUUCACGAAGCAGUGCCGCUACUGCUCUAUGCCCUGUUUGAUCUGGAGGCCUUGUGCGCCGCGGGGCCUGGCGGGACAGACCUUGAUGAGGACAUAGUUCUUGGGGAGCUGAUGUCUGCCGGAGAAAACGGGACGAAUACCACCAUGUCUGAAGAGGACCUGGAAGAAAUAUUGCAUGUGAUCAGUGAGAAUUACACGGCUACAACCCAAGCAACGUGUUUCGAUGUCGAAUCGGUGUUUACCGCAACUGUUGAAGACCACGAAGCCGGGGCGAACGAAAGCGAGGUUCAUAGCGUCGCCGAGGAAGUGAUCAACAGCAUUCUUCACGGAUACUGUAUCGGCGAGGCAAGUUUGCCAUCUACCGACGAUUUUGUGGAUGCAAUUUUCGAUUCCUACGCUUCAGAUGGAGUCAUUCCUGAAGAAGAAUUCGAACAUUUGAUUUCCGAUCUUGGUAUUGGGGGCUCUUCUGGGGACCAUGACGACCACGACGACCACGAUGACCACGAUCAUCGUCGAAGGAGACAUGUCGACAUUCCGGUGGCAGCGGUGGGAUACAUACAUCGGACGGAGCGUGCCGUGGAUGACCACGAUCAUGAUCACGAUGGUCACUCGGAAGAGUUAAACGUAUCUGCUACAUGCUACACAGGGGAGGAACUCCUAGACAUUCAUGGAAUCGACCACGAAGCUGGUAUCACCGAGUCCCAGUACGCAGCCCUGUGUCCAUCCCUGGUCCAGCAGAUCAUUUCCGGUGUGUGUAGCAGUGAUGAACAUGAUGACCAAACUGAUGCGAUUACAAACGCCGAGAUUUGGGGCUAUGGUAACCUGGUCGUCCUCAUCAUCAGUCUCCUUGCCGUUUUCGGGGCUAUUUUUGUUCCAUGCAUGUCCGGUUUCGUAUACGAGGCUGUUAUUCAGACAAUGAUGGCGCUCGCCGUAGCAACACUGACAGGGGACGCCUUGUUACAUCUUAUACCGCAGGCUGUCGGAUUACAUUCCCAUGGUGGUUCGGGCCACGACCACGCCGACCACGGCCCGACCAGCCCCGAGCUAGCCUAUGUAUGGAAAUGCCUCGUGAUAGUGGUAUUCAUCUACGUGUUCUUCCUGAUCGAGAGGAUUGCUAGUAUGACCGGAGUCUGUGGACAUGAUCAUUCCUUAGAUAAGGCAGCAAUGGGAACAGACACAGCUAAGACCCCCAUUACCGCCUUCCAACGGACCACAAAGGUGUCCGAUUCUACGCGGGAACUGGCAACGGCUGAGAACGGCGAAGAUGAGAAGGUCAGAUACAUGAAAGGUUGUGGGACCGUUCCAUUCAUGAUCGUAAUGGGGGAUGCUCUGCAUAACUUCGGAGAUGGACUUGCGAUCGGAGCUUCCUUUACUCUCGGGAUCUCUGCUGGACUCAGCACGAGCAUCGCCGUGUUCUGCCACGAGCUGCCUCACGAGUUAGGGGACUUGGCCAUUCUUCUUAACCAAGGAAUGCGCCUGCCAAUAGCGGUGUUUUGGAACCUUCUCUCCGCGUGCACCUGCUUUUUGGGACUGUGGGUCGGCAUCCCUCUCGCGCAGACGCAGAACGCAGCGGAAUGGAUUUUCGCUGCUACCGCCGGCACGUUUCUGUACGUUGGACUUGUACACAUGCUCCCCCUUCUCCAUUCCUACAAAGGCGAGAGAAAGGGAAUCGUCUUCAUUCUCCAGAAUAUCGGAUUCCUGCUCGGGACACUCAUCAUCUUGCUCAUCGCUCUCUACGAGGACGCCAUCAACGUCUCAAUCUGAACAGUUGACCUUCAUCAGGACGAGCACGGAAGUAACAUUUUAUUUUAUUCCUUUUAUUUCCGUGAGGACUAGAGGUAUCACAGGCCUAAAUAA